CCGAUGUCACUUUUGUUGAAAAUAAACCAUAUUUUUCUACACCUUACAUUCCGGAGGAGCUUCCUACAAUUGUUGAUUCCGAUGUUGAUUUGUCUCUUGAUAUUUCUUCAUCAAGAGAAGUAGCUCCUCAUGAACGACCUCUUGAUGAUCAUUUUGAUAAGGUGUAUACAAGGAAAAAGGAUGCCAUUCCUGCUUCUGCGAGCAAGAUCAAUCACUUGUACCGAGUUCCGAACUUGAGGUAA